AUGGCCGCUCGCAGAAAAAAAAAGAGAAAAAUUGAAGAUAAUGAAACUAGAGUCCCGUUUGCGUGUGGAUUUCAUCGUCCAACUCCAAAGCAAAGCCGAAAAGCGAUAGGGUUAUUUCCUAUUCCUACAAUUUUCGAGCCUGGGCCAGAAAACUUGCAUUUUCGACAAAUUCCAAGCCCUAAAUGUGAAGAUGAUUGGUUAGCUCAGUAUAACGAGGAAGGACAGUCAUUUAGAUGCUUUUUGAAAACAAACCCUUGGAUCUCAGGAAGAAGAGUAAAGUAUACAAAGCAAAAAUUCAUCCCAAAUGGUAAAAAUCUAAAAGAGAGAUACCCAGAUGGAAAAAUUUAUGUACAGCCUCUAGGAGAUUUUGAUCACAGUAACAAUUCAGACUGUUCACCUUGCAUUCAUGAUCUAGCAGACUACACAGAACGCUUUUAUGCGUUACCUGUCGUUGUUUUACCAGAAAUGAAGCUUAAGAUCCCUACAAAGAAAGGUAAAUGUGCAUGCGCUUUGAUACUUACUGGAGGGCUAGAGAUGAGAUAAAUGGGGGCUAGUUGAAAUGACUUGUGGGCUAGUACAUGCUAGCUACAGCCUGCCCAAAUGCCAGGCUGUAAAACUGACUUUCUUUGCACCCUGAUUGUGCAAAAUAUAUAAGAACAACAACAAAGUCCUUAUCAUAGACAUAACAGCAACUGGUAAUGGGAAUAUUGAAAGCAAAGAGAGAGAGAAUCAGGAAACAUAUCACGAAAUUGUUGGGCCAAAAACAUAGUGUAUCUUGGCUUUGGAGAACUACACUAAUGCUAAAAGUAUAUCUAUAUAUUAUGAAAACUACCCGAUAAUAAUUACACAAAAAUCAACUUAAAAUGUACAUUAUAUAACUAAAAUAAGUUCUAUCACAACUCCCUCAAGGCAAACCCCCGUUCAAGGCAAAAGACAGGGCAGACUUGAAAGAAUUGAGAUUUAUCUCGUCUUUAAGCACAUUUUCUAGGCCAUUCCACAUGACUGCUCCCCUAUAGCUAAAAGCCCGCUUAGCAGCUUCAGUACAAUGCCUAGGUACAAAAACAUUGUUCGAGGCACCUCGUACAUCGUAGGAAUGAAUCCUGGACUGGAUUGGUUCGAACACGUUCUUUAAACUCUCAGGGCAAAGGUUAUUCAGAGAUGAAUAACUACAUAAUGAAUCGACCAGUUUAUGUUACAGCUUUCCCUCCACUCAAAUUGAUAGCUGUUUCAUUUCAUAAAAAAGAAUUCAUCUUCCACAGUCACCUCCAAAAUCACAUCUGUUGGACUGUUACACAUUAGCUUUCUCCCUAUAGUUAGUAAUAUAUUAGUUGUCAUUUUCAGGAGCUAUAUACCAACUAUAUAUACCUGUUACCCAGUAAUUAUUUAUUUCAAUUUUUAUUAGGCAGUGUCAUAUGCUGGCAAGAUGACCCAUCAGAAGAAACAAACACUAGAAAAAGUUCUAGAGUGCUCUCAAAACAGUGGGAACUGAACCACCGUUUGUCUCAUGGUACACUAAAAAUUAAUUAAUAAGUCAGUAUAUAAUAAAUUUAGUCAGUAACCUUUUAAGUCCCAAUUUCUACGUAUCAAUUCUCCAGACUGAUCUUCAUACAGUUUGCCAAGAAUACAGAGGUUGAGAGAAUUGACCACAAGAUCAAUAAAAACUCAAAUAACUUUACCCUUGAUUUUGUUUAGGUCAUAUACAGCUGAAAGUCGACAGUAUCCAUGCUCUCCUCAGAAAGCUGAUUCCUGAUGAUGCUCUUUGUAUGAUCGGUUUGACCAUGGCGGAUCUCUAUGAGGAUGAUAGUGAUUUAUUUGUGGCAGGACUUGCAGCUGGAAACCAAAGAGUAGCUGUAGGUAUAAGAGGGUGGGUGAAUAGGGGUAUGCAAAACUGCUGAUCUGUCAUGAAUUAUUAACCAAAUCCACCAAUAAAAUUUCGCCCUGAAUCCAAAAUCUGGGCAAAAAUAUUUUUAUUACACGCAAAGUCCAAAAUCUGGGGCCAGUCCACUGCAAUUGCAGAAAUCCGAAAACCAGGCAAAAAUGUUUUCAAAAUCUGCCCAUUCAUUGGCCUAUUCACCUCCCGCAUAUGCUAAUAACAAUAUUAUUGAAUGUGGCUGAGUAUGAUCUGAAAAAAUUAUACAAAUUGAGGAAGGAGUGUGUUAUUGGCCUCAGCAAAUAACACACUCUGAGAUCAGCAUAAUUCUUUACAUCAUACGAAUGUCAAAUCCAAUGAUUGUUUUGUUAUUCAUUUUGAAAAACUAUUACUUUGAAAACAUGCGUACUUUUAUCAGUGUUAAUGAUCCCUCUUCAUUUGCCUGUUCCUGGGCAAAUUACAUUAAUUUAUGUAUAAACUAAGAUGCUUCUAAUAUUUCUGUGUAGAUACAAUCAACGCUAAAUGACAAGUCAUGUACAAAUUGGUAAUGUGGUUCAAAAUGACAUAAUUUUAUAUCGAAAUCAUCUCUAAAAUUUAAUUGUCAAGGAUUCCUUAUACUUUAAAAACACUCCAGAGUUACCAAUGUUUUUAUUUUAGAGUGAUCAUAAUAUUAUUUCUUUUUUUUACAAAUAUUUCUAAGGUGUUUAGCUUUGCAAGAUAUAAUCCAUGUUUGGAAUUUUCCACUGAACACUGGUACAGCAUCUGGCCUUCCAAACAAAUUGAUCUAAAAACGAAGAGACAAAUGGUUUUGCAGGUAGCACACUUCAUGUUUUAGAUUAUUAGUAAUAAUUGUUUAGAUUACAACUGCCCCCACUGUGAAGCUUAGUUCCAUCAUGUUCCAUCUAUGGCACAGGUUACUUCCUGGGCAAUAAGUACACAAACAAGCUACUCUCAAUGAAGCGCUUGCUGCCUACCAAAAAUUUUUCGUAGAGCUAACAUACCUUUUUAUUGUCUGUCUAUAGCGAAGCUGUAAGUUGUUGGUGCAUGAAAUUGCUCACUUGUUAGGCAUGGAUCACUGUAUUUGGUAUUUAUGCUGUAUGAAUGGUUCACUGAGGACAUCUCAGUGAAGAUUUUGGUAGGUAAAAGUGUUAUUUACUCUGAACUUUCUGCCAUUAUGAUUGACAGACUCUUGACAGUCAUCUCUCUUUGGUGGGAAUUCCAACCUUGACUUUUCCCCUACCAUUCUUCAAUCAUUUUUAUAUACAAAUAAAGAUACGCUCUCCUUGAGCAGAGUGUUACAGUUAUUAAUUUUUUUCCAACAGCUCAACCAAUCUACCUUUGUCCUGUUGAUUUACACAAGUUACAACACCUUUGUGGUUUUGAUAUUGUUGACAGAUACAGACAGGUACUUUCUUGGUUAUUAUUUCUGUUUAUAUCUUUUGAGUGUCACCUUAAAUGUGAAACUGUGCUGACAUGGUCUCUUAUUAAUUUGGAAGUGUUAUUGAUAUUUUUGUAUGCUUUAUUAUGCUACUAUACUGGACUGUGGAGAAGAGUUUUUCCUGAGGUGGUACCAUUUUUUACUAUAAUAUCCUCGGGUCCUGUCUCAGAACUAGUGUACAAGGCCCACGAGGAGAGAUUGAAACGGGAUAUCCCACAUUCUUUUGAUUGAGUUUUUUGUUUUAUUCUUAAGCUUUUGGAAUUCUUCAAAAGACAUGAUAUGAAAGAAGAGGCAGUGUGGUAUCAGUCAAGACUUGAGUUCAUUGAUAAUGAAAGCUAAAGACUGCAGAGUUCUAACCCUGAGACAAAGUUGUAUCAGCUACAGCUCUGAUAGCUGUCCAAAUAACUGGCACUAACAUCUUGUAAAUACUGAGAAAUCUUCCCCUGUAUUUGAUAAAAGAAAACAAAUUGAAAGAGCGAGCUAUUUUUUUUUUAUAACGAACGAGCUAAAUGCCAUCUACAACUCUCACUUCCCUGACUUGAUUCCGAUUCAGUUCAGUUAAUUCAACAGCAUUACUUAUUACAUUCAAACCGUUAGCCGGAGGGGCCACUUACGUCUUCGUGGGUAAAUAUGAAAUACUCAUAAUCUUAAAGUCCCUUAAAUUUCAAUUUAAAAGAUACGCCGCGCUUGAAAGGACGUCUAAAAUAGGCUUCUAAAGUUCAAGUACGUCUCUACAAAAGUCCGUCACUUCGGCUGUACUAAUGAAUCUGUAAGUAAUUAUCAUUAUUUUGUUUUUAUGAUUGACUUUUCCUUUCAUGUGCAAAACGUAGGGAUUGUGAGAGAUUUCAGUGCUAAUCAUUUUGUUAAUCGAGCAGUUACAUAUUUGUUUGUACAUCACACGACCCUUUCCAAGAAGCUUAUGCUUUGAAUUGUUAUCGUGUGCCAUGCGCCAUGGCAGCUGUGAUUGUUAUGUGAUAGGUAUGACACUUAUAAAUACUCUGAAGACUUAUUCAUGAUGACAACCGAAGGUA